UUCAGAUAUCGCACGGUGGUCGGGACUGUUUUGAUGCAGUUGGCAGAAGUAUAACGAAGCGAGUUUAAGCUGCAAAACCACAAUUUGACGUGUAUAUUUGUGAGUGUUGCGUCUUUCUCGGUCCGGGUGUGUAAACAGAAAAUCCACAGCGGUUUGCUUGUAGAAAUAGUCGCAUUUGCUUAGGCUGACUUUUUAUGCUACUGUUAUUAGCCCUAACCCAGCUGGCAUGGCGUGAAUUCAGCAAACCCAAGGAGCCCAUGUCAAGAAUGCGUCGAGCUGGCUUGGCUAUAAACUACCACAUUAAGAGGUUCCUCUGAGUCACCAUUGCAGGCCGGGACGGGCCGAGAUGGACGCCCCAGUUCCAGCACCUCACACAGACUUGUAGCACUGAUAGCAGCAACUCAAGGCCACACACAAGAACCCGAACCGUGGCUUUUCUUAUUUUCUAUGCCACACCAAAUUUAUGCCCAACUAGAUUCGGUGGAAUCGCUUUUGGACGAACUCCCAUAUAUGUUUUAUCUGGGCCUGUUCUUUGUGAACGUCCUGAUCCUCUACUAUGCCUUUCUGAUGGAGUACAUCGUCCUGAAUGUGGGGAUAGUAUUCCUGCCUGAGGAUAUGGACCAGGCACUGGUGGACCUCGGGGUGCUUUCCGACCCGGCCUCUGUUCCCUACGAUACGGACACGGAGCUGGAUGUGUUUGAGGGGUAUCUGGAGUGACAGGGCAGUCCAAGAGGAAGAACAGGAAAAAAAUCAAAUUGUGACGAUGAUGCUGAGGUCGAGAGGUCGGGCUGACGCUCCCUGGUCAGCGAUUUGUUGGGAAAAUGCUUCAAAGUGGAUGCUUCUGAAGCCUUUUUUUCACAGAGACAUAUCAGGCAAAAAGUUGUCUCGACUCAAAGGCAGGUAGCCUGAGGAGGAUAGCCAUCACUUGCGGCUGUUUGCUCAGUGACUGUUCGAUGGGAAGAGGACUUUGCACCAGGUUGGCUGUCUUGUCAACGUAUUGCCAGUUGAAUAUCAGUCGACUGCAGGAGGUUGGUGCUGGCCUGUGCUACCCUCGCUUUGGACACAAUGACAAUGGGGGCACAAUGUGGUGUGGGAGCACAGAGAAAGACAGCUGUUCCUUUUUGGAAGAAAAAUGAAUGUUAUCAGAAUUGUGGAAAGCAAAAUGUGCUGAAACUUGCCAGUGUGAUGUUCUACAAAGCGAGAUAUGUCAGUGGAUCUGACAAAGUGCAGGAAAACAGUGUCCAAUAGGCAUGAUAUAUGGUUAAUCACUCACACAGAACAACUUGAGUCAACAAUUUAUCCUUUUUAAUGCAGAAUACAUUGCUCCCUUAAGAUCUCACCUAGAUUUGAGUCCUCUAAUGUAAUCCUUACUGUAUUUCUGCAUCAGAGAUCUGCACACUCUCAAGAGCACAGCUAGGAAUUAUGGAGGCACUGGUAAUAACACUGUCACUGGACUGAGCCUGGGAAUAUAUAGGAUGGAGAAACGCUGUAAAUUUUUUCAGCCCAUAGAUCAGGAACACUAUCUCUUCACCAUAAGUCAGAGAGUAUUAAAGUAUUGAGAAACUUAUUUCUUUGAUCCUGCACAUCUUUGUUUAACCUGUAUCACAUCAGUUAAAGGGGGGGCAAAAAAACUUAGGAUUAAUACAUGAGUAGUGACAGCUUUGAUCACAGCUGGUCAAAUCAUAAAAUUGAACCUCAAAACGAAGGCUUCAUAUUUUUUAAACUUGUCCUUUUGUUGAUGUUUUUAAUUUACUGUGAGAGACUUCAUGCAUGAUGUUGAUCGUGUUUAAAGAAUUUGAUUCAAGUGUUUAAUUGCUUGUUUUCUCCUGUUAGAAAUUUGGAGCUACUUUUUUAUGAAGAACAGCAAUAAUAAAGUGGAUUUAAGCAAUGGAUCAGUUACAUAGUUACACAAAUGAAAUGAUUCACAAGUAACUGUUUCAUCCGUGUGCCUGGCUCAGUUGUUUAUAAGCUAUGAAUAUGCUGUAUAUGCAGUAGAUGUGACAAGAUCCUACAGUAUUUGUUUUCCAACAUGAGCAAAUUGUCUGAUUGACCAAGCUGCUGGACAACUUUUCACCAAGGUGGCUCCUGCUGGCAGUUUGCCUCGUCAGCAGUAAAUAGAGCCAGUAAAUUAUCCACAGCCACACUGUGUAAUCAACUGGAAAGGAAAAAGAAAAGUCUCGCUGGGAGUCAAGAACGCAGAUGAAAACAAAAGCAUAGUAAUUCAAGAGUGUUUUUCAGAGCUUGUACCAGAAUUCAACUAGAACAGAUCACCGAUAGCUUAUACCAAAUCAUUUUUGUGGAUGAAGGCCUUAGCAAUAUUUUGUUAGGACGUGCUGUGUUCUGAUAUGUAUGUAUGAAUCAGGAUGUCCAUAGUUUAAUUUUUUUUUUUCUUUUUUGGAGAGUAAACGUGUUUUGGAGCAGUAUUUAGACCACAGGAGACAAAAACUCAGGAUACUAAUAAACAUGUACAGUACAAAUACUGGAAAGACGUUUGUAUGGAAUUUGAUCAAAAAGUAAUAGAAUCAAUGCGAGGUAAGGCCUUGAAUAGUAGAUAAUAUUUAAGAAAAUGUGUAAUUUGCUUCAUGUUGUAAACAGUGUUAACAGACUGGUGUAUUUUUCUUUUAGUUUUCACUGACAGUCAAUGUCAGUACUUUUUAGUUUCAGUAUAAAAACAGUAGCAUCUGAAGCUGAGUUCCUAAUUUUGUACAGAAACUGUUUAUAAUUAAGUGGCUGUGCCGUUUCCCGGGGAUGCUGCACUGUUCAGGGCCAUCAUCAUCAUCAUCAUCUCCUCACAUGCAACCUACACCCUGUGCUUGUGUCAUCCCUCUGCAUCUGCUUCUUUGCAGACAUGCACAUGCUCAAAUAAGCUGUGGCUCAUAACAGAGGUUUAUUUUCCA